GCAAGCGACAAAGAAUUCACACCGAGAAAAAGGCGAGAGCGAUGGUGAGAUCGCUGGGAAAAUUUGCUGAACUUCGUAGUCGGCGACAGGGAGGGAAGAGGUGUCAUUAAAGGUCACCUGACGGACAAAUUACGUCGGUGGGAAUGAGAGGAUAGCGAGCGGCUAAAUAUUUGCCCGGACGUCCGUUGAUUGUGCGUGUCGCUCUUCUUGAUGUCGUCCGCUGUUUCGCGUCGGCUAUGCGUUAGCCGUUCAUCGUGUGCACGUGUGCACGGGACCCUGGGGCUGCGUCCAGCAGCAACGACGCUUCGUUUGUCUCUUCAGUGAUUGAUUGGCAGCGGCAUGUCUGCAUUGACGAUGUGGUGUUGCGGCAGCGACAGGCGUUACAGCAGCAGGUGGGCGGCCGGCAUUCCGACGAAACGUAGCGCCACUCGAGAGUCUGGAGAAGUCAUCAAGGUCAACCUUGACAACUCCCUGGACAACUUCGACCUCUACCACAAAAGCAUCAUUCCUUACGAUGUGCCCAAGGGGCGCAAGUCCCCCGUGUCGCCUCCGGUGCCACCUAGAAGUUCUGUUAUCAGGACACCGUCCUUCCUGGGAUCCAAAGCUAAGGAAGACGACUGGCUUUCACACUCCAUCGAACAUGUGUGUCGCAAGACACUCUACAAGAACAUCGAGUACAGGACAGUGAACAUGUCGGAAUUCAACGAGAAAGAGAGUGCACCUGCGUUGAAGAACAACAUCGUGGAGAAACCAAAGCCAAAUGAAUAUGCUCUCAAGGACUCUACGAACACGAAAGUGGGUGUGGCGACUCCAAACAACCACGUCAUUGCCAACGGCAAGAAGCCAAAUUUCGUCACACCGGUGAAUGCCGAAAAGGGACUCAAGACGCCAAAGACUAGUACACCAAAGAGUAACUCCUUCGUAAGGCGCUGCUGCAGAGCCAGCUCCUUCCGGCUCCGAAAGGCUUCAGCUAAGAAAGAUGUCCGCUUCGCCUCUGCCGAGGACCUCAGUGCCGAAGAGCUCAAAGCAGAGACUCCCAAAUGCACCCCGCGCGCUGAAACCAGCAUCAGCAAGGACGAUUCGCUGGGAUUGUGCACCACCAUCAGCCCCAUCACCAGCGGCGAUGCUCUGGAAGGGAUCAGACAGCGGCUUGCCUUUGCUGACGAGUCUCAGCUGGACGCCAAGGACGGCAAAGAGGAGCAGGACACACCGGAGAACUCUUUCGUCAGUCCUGCAGCUCUUCCCCCGGACAGCCCUUUGGGGCAUUAUCUUCAAUGGGUCGUCGAACAGUCUGGCCUCAGCUCAGUUCCUAGCGUUCAGCAGUGGCUCAAGGGCGUCCGGCUUUCCGUCGAAAACGAAUGCUUGAGUGCUCUUCAGAGCAAGUCCCUCACCAAGGACCCAGCUCUCGCAGCUGUCCUCGAAAUAGGCGAUGCCCAAGACGCUGUCACAGCUCUCCAGGACCGCCUCGCUUCUGUCACGGCAACUGCAGGCCAUGUCACGAGGCGACUCGAACAAGGUCACUGGCUCAAGUUCUGUAGCAGCACACCAGGACUCAGUUCGGAAAUUGGUGAUCUGAUUAGGGACUACAAGACCGUUAUCCAGAAUGCGUCACCUUACUCCAACAAGAUUGCCAGUCACUUGCACAGGAUCCUGCAAAGCCUUCGAGAGAUCGGUGCAAAGCCCAACCGCAAGCCAGAAACGGCUGCCGAUUUCGAAUCCAUCCGAUCCCUCCUCUUCGACAUCAAAAACACGCUUCAGACGCUGUGCAACUCUCUCUACCUCAAGGAACUAGAGAAAAUCGUCAAAGUCGCCAACGAGAACAUGGCCCUGGGUUGUGCUCGUCGUGCCAUCGCAGCUCUCAGCAGCAUCGGCGAGAGCGGCGUCCACAUGUGCGACUUGAUUGCACGCGUCGGUGGAGUUUCUGCACUGUUGAGCAUCGUCAAAGAAGCCAGCCUGCGCCCAAUUAGAUGCGCAGCUAUAAGAGGACUCACCAUCAUCUGUUGCGAGAAUGGCGCCAUUCAUCAGCUCGAACAAGCCGGCGGCAUUGAGUGUGUUCGUACCAUCCUCACCGACUUCAACGCCAGCGAACAGGAGCGGUGCGAAGCUACUGGCCUCUUAGCGCAAAUCACCGCCCCGUGGGUGGAGUGCAGUGGCGGAACCAUACGACGAAUGCGAGAAAACAUGGACACUUUUAUCGAGUCGCUCACCAAGAUGAUCAAAGAAGCCAAGAACGGCGACGUGUUUCUCCUGUCAGCAGCAGCUCUAGCGAAUUUGUCCUUCCUGGACCCUGUGGCCGUGAAGCACAUCCAAAGGCACCAGACAUUCAGAGCGCUCAUGAACGCAUCGAGGCUCAGGGACAUGGCUGGAAACCUCUUUGCAAAGGACCAGAUCGCCACAGUACUGGCAAACGCGUCGGCAGAAAAGGCAUGCCACGCAGAUAUCGUGGACGCCGGAUCUCUCAUACAAUUAAUCUGCUUCCUGCAAGUCAGACCUUCUGCUCUACAAAGCAACGCUGAAACCGAAGCUUGCGAAAGGGUGCAACAGAAGUCGGCCAUUGCCCUGGCACGUCUCUGCAGCGAUCGAAGCACAGCGGAGAGAGUCUUGCAAUUGCAGGGUGUGCAAAGGCUAGUGCGACUGUGCAAGGAUCCCAAAGAAAGGAACAACAGCAACUCCGUUCUUGUGGCGUGCCUGGCCGCGCUGCGGAAGAUCGCGUCUUCCUGUGGCAGCAAAGAAAUGUGCGACCUCGGUGCUGCUGAACUUGUGAAGAAUGAGCUCUGGGACUCGUUCCAACAGUACUCAAGCAAGCACGAAAGUUAUGUGUGAGACGUUGGUGCUAUGUACAGAGAACUGCUUACGCUGAAAAGUCAGAAACAAAAUCUAGCCAAAUGAUAGUCACGUCUGUUUGAUAGUCAGUUUGAUAGAGUCAUGGAAGGUAGUCAUCAGAGCAUAGUCAAAUAGUAACGAGGAUAAUAAUCAAAUAGCGACAGAUAAAUAUACGUAUAGAGAGUCUUUAUGUGUAUGCAUUAAAUACAAGUAAAUUCUAAUCGCUGUUCCAUAGCAGUGACGAAGGAUGAGUUACCUAGUUACUCUACUAGUUAUGAGUUACCUCGAGUGCUAUCAUUUCAUAUACUUCUGACGAAACAGUUCUAGUCAAUAAAUCUAUGUCAAAAAAAGAGAUGUAUAAUAUUGUGUACAUAGAUUAUAGGAAAUAGCAUUUAACAAAUUACGUUUUAUACUUGUAUAACCAUAUCACUGUAAUAUAUCUGCAACAUGCACAUGUUUAUACUUAUCACUUCUGCUUUGUACUUAUGCGCUAUAUGUGCAUCGCUUCAAAUACAGCUAAUGUGUAUAACCAAAGACGCCAGGCUUUGUCAAUAUCCUGUGUGAUUAACCUAUAUGUUUUUCCCAGUGAUGCAUUGCUUCUCUAGAAUUCGCUUCAAUAAAAUGUAUGAAUUCAUCUAAC